AUAGAUUACUCGGUGCCAUUUAGCGCGAAAGGAAUUGCAUUUCCUUUCCAACCUGCUUCCACCGCCCCUCCACAGUCCCCGAUCCCAUGCGGAGAAAUGAAGGACAAGGCGCGUGGCACACCAAGUCACCAACCUUCUGGUUCGCAAACCGGUCUAUCAUCCCCGCCCAGGCUCCACUCGGCUACUGUUAUCUGCCGAGGCCACCUGAUAGACUCGAUUGGGUAGGUAUACGCCAUGCGGCUUAUCCUGCAUAUCUAGACCCUGGUGAUGAUAUUGAUAGCGCAAUCAUUUGUCAAUGGCUCCAUAUUAUCUCUUUGACCAAGAACAAACCCCGAUAGCGGGAAACCUUGAGUUUCCCGAAAAUGCGGGGUGGAAGCGAGACAGCC